AUACUAUGCUCUUGGGCAUAUAAAAAUAGCACAUUACGAUAUGUGUGACUUGAAUUACGCUGGCUUCACUCAGGUGCUCACUUCACGCCGUGCAAUAACAGACACCUUACUUAAGUCACACGUAUAUCGUAAUGUACUAUUCCGAUGAACAAUUUUCAUAAUAGUUGAUUUCUCAUUGUCGGAAUGAAUACUCUUUUUAAGGACAAAUCCCAACUAUCUUAAGAGUGUUCAAACUAACAGAAAUUAUAUUGUUUUAAAAAUGUCAAGGUUAUAGAGUAACCAACAAUUUUUAAGGCAGAAUCGAUCAAUCCAGCUAUUUCAUCGUGUUGUGAGCUCAAUCUGGAAAUCUACAUUUUGUUCAAUUCUACUCGCAGAAAGAGAGAGAGAGCGAGAGAGAGAAUGUUGCCAAGAAUACUUUUUCGUUGGACUUUCAAUUUUCGCCCAGGUUCCCCAAAGUUUAGCCACAAAUGCUCGAAAUCCGAUCGAAGAAAAAAAUUGAAAUUCUCGCCACUAAUGCGUACGAGUAUUAUCAUGCAGGAUGGUCGAAUAAUCGACGAAGCUGAGAUAAUCGUACAUAAGAUUCGUGAUAUCAAUGAUAUCAUUUUUUCUGAUACGGAAGUUAAAGUGCCAGAUGGUCGAAGAGAGAAAAAAAUAGGAAAAUACAACGAUAACAAGAAAGAAAUUCAUAUUGAGACUGAUGAGGGAACAGCUAUUUUAUUCAUCACCGAGGCCGAUGUUGUUGGAAAUAAGAGCCAUAACAACAGAAAAAACGAAGACGAGAAUCCGAAUUUUUCAAAGCGUGUUGGACCUAUUAUAGAAAAUACGAUGACCGAUGAAAUAAAUAGUCGAGUUGCCUUUGAAGCUCUGAAGGAAAUAAUGCGAUUCGAAAUUGAUGAUUUUUCAUGUGGACAGAAAAGCUCCUUAACAGAAACGGAGGCUGGAGAUAAAUCGUUGUUGAACAGUUCAAACGGCCGUGAAAAAGUGUUAGAGCAGUUGAUAGACAUGAUUGCAAAAACUCGUAACAACGAAAUGAUAAUUGAUGGUCUCGCUUUGUUGAAUAAAGAUCGGGUCAGUACGUCCAGAAACGCACAUAAAGAUUGUCUUUGUGAUGAAGCAUUAAUACGCGCAACAGAAGGUCAAUUCCAUGUUAGCCAGAUGAUUGAAUUGGUGAAGAUUCUAUCCUCUUAUGGGGAUUCAAAGUAUCACGAAGCCGUAGACAAUCUUUGGAUCGGAAUUAAAGCGCGAGAGUGUGAAAUCAAUGAGAAGAAUUUAGCACCACUGUUCAAAAUACUUCCGUUUUUCCGGGAGAGUCGAAGACUCGUUAAAACGAUAUUGGAUCGUAAAUUAAUUACGAAUUGGUGGAGGCUGAAUGGGAGCCAGAUGUCUGACAUUCUGGAAAUCAUGUUUAAUUAUGGAAACGCAAAGAACGCUCUGGUUUGUGCACGAAAAUGGUCGAAACUGCACAUUAAUACUGCUCAAGAGAGCGAGUUGUUUGAUUUCAUGAAAACUAUAACUAAAUUGAGAUUUACGGAGAAAGAGACGUUGGAAAGUUCACUGGCGAGGUUCAUGAGAGCAAAAGGACUAACUAUCAAAGAUCCUGCGUUAAUUGCACUCGUGAUGAAUUAUUGCAGUAAAAAUCGCAUACGAAACAUCGAAAUUUUCAACGCUUGCACAGACUAUCUGAUGAAACAUUCGAUGGACAUUCCAGCCUCGCUCCUUGCUCCUAUUUUCGUACCAUUUGGUUAUUUGAACUUCCGUACACCCAAGAGUGACGAAUUUUUGAAAACCUUUCAAGUGUCGUUGGAAUCAAAAUUUUCGACAAUGGCGACGAAUGAUGCACUGAAUAUUAUACUUUCGUUGAUUUAUCUCGAGCAGACACCUCUUAAUCUCGUAGACCAAUUGUUCACGUCAAAAUUUUUUGAACAAUUGCACUUAAACCGAGACACGAAAACAAUUAUGUACCUUCGAGAAAAAUUGUGCUUCCUCGACAGAGCCAUGGCGAUCGAAUGCGAUCAUUAUGCGUGUCGAAUGAUACCGGAAAUUCAUUGUAAAAAAAGAGUCUUUAUGAGAUCAAGGCUAAAACGCGUUACCGAACUUUUGUUUAACCAUUUAUCGAAGAUUAGUGGGGGCGAUGAUAAAUUAAGCAGGGCUGUAAUGAUCGGACAACUUUCGAUGAUAGAUCUGUAUACCCUCGACAUUUUAAUUCAUCCGCGAUCCAUUAAUACUUCGAUCUUUCCGAUUACGAACGAUAAUGAAAACAUUAAAACCGCUGUUCUAAUCCAUCUGCCAGAACACUAUUGUCACAACACGAAUAAUUUGAUCGGGCCUCAAGAGAUGCGAAUUCGACAUCUGAAAAAAUUAGGCUUUCGUGUCGUUGCGCUAAACUACAUGACGAUCUUGGCACUCCGAAAUUCACCGAAAGGAAUAAGUGAUUACAUAACUCGGAAAUUGCGAUCGGUUGAUUAAACUCUCAUUUUUCGGGCUUUUAUAAAUUUUAUAUAUUUUUAAUUGUUUUUAUACAAAUAUUUUUCUCUAGAAUUGUACAGAAUCUGAUGGGCUUGAAAAAAAAUGAUCAUGUGACCCCCUUAAUCAAUAAAUUGGCUGACCCGCAGUUAA